AGUAUCAAAGUCUUAUAUUCAGUUUUCCCAUUAACAUGAACGCAACUUUACCUUACCGGCCAGCGUCAGAAACAGCAUUUUCUUGACGUCACGUGUUGUGAGCUUUUCGCGGGAUAUGAAGGCCUGGCUGUCUCUGAAGGUUAUCUAAAAUUUGAAACAACGAUGCCUCCCAAGAAAAGAGCCAGAGUGAGUAAAAGAUCUCCAAAAUCAGGCAAAAUCGAUGAUAGCGAGGGGACUUCUGCAGCCGACAGGAAGAGGAAAGCUGCAGCUCCUGUUGCGAAAGCUGGAGAGGCCUCUGAGUCUGCGGGACCUGCGGUGUUCACCCACUGGCUGAUGAAGUCGGAGCCCGAGAGCCGCUUUGAAAACGGCAUUGACGUGAAGUUCGGCAUCGAGGACCUGAAGGCUCUGCCCGAUCAGACCGGCUGCUGGGACGGCGUCCGCAACUAUCAGGCGCGGAACUUCAUGAGGCAGAUGAAAGAGGGACAGCGGGCGUUCUUCUAUCACAGCAACUGUAAGGAGCCCGGGGUCGCAGGGAUCAUGAAAAUUGUGAAGGAGGCCUAUGUGGACCACACUCAGUUCGACAAGAAAGACGUCCACUACGACGCGAGCAGCAAGCCAGACAGCCCCAAGUGGAGCAUGGUAGACGUCCAGUUUCAAAGAACGAUGAAGAGGUUUCUUCCUCUUUCGGAGCUGAAGAAGUACCACCUCCAGCACCGUGCCAACGGAGGACCUCUGAAGGACGUGGCUCUGUUUACCAGGGCCAGGCUCUCCGUUCAGCCCCUCACCUCGGAAGAGUUUGACUUCAUCUUGAGUCUGGAGGACAAGGAGCCGCUGUGAAGAUCGUGGGACCCCGACGCGAAGUGACAUCCUUGGCCGUGAAAUGUACCAGUUGGAAAAAAAGAUUUUAUGGCGUAGAACUAUAAAUUUGUUUAUUAUGGCCCAAGAUUACCUUUUUGGAGCUUUUUUUUUGCAGGAAUGACUUUUUGCAGGAAUGAGUUGUAUAAUAGAAGCCAAAAGAUGCAUUCACAGGAUAUAAAGGAUAAUGCCACCGGUUUUGAUGGUUACUGCUUAGAGCUAACCUUCAGUUUAACCUUAAAAAAAAAAAGAUAUAAAAAACGGUAAUACUACAUCAUUAUUAUUAAUGCAGAAAUGUUGGCCCACUUAAAAGCAUGUCCACUAACUACACAGUAUGUGCGCUAAUUAUUGUUGUGGCCUACACAGACGUGGAGGAAGCUGCUAAACAUGGCAGCAGGCAGGCAGCCAUUGAAACCCUCUUUAAGGAGGGCAAACAUCAACAUGUUUUUUUUCUGUAAAAGGGACUGGUUGUUCAGAGCGCUGUGCUCA